CAUUCCACGCUCCAUCCGCAUCUAAUUUGCGUCUUUAUUCCUCUCUGAUUUUGAAAUUUCUCGAUUCUAGAUCUGUUUCGUUGUUGUUAUUAUUGUUGUGCGAUUGCGAUGGCGGAUGUGGAGCCUCGGAAGAGGAGCCGAGACGAAUCGGCGGAGUCGGAGUUAGGGAUCGACUCGCCGGAGGUGAAGCGGUUGCGCGAGAAUCUUCUGGAAACGCUGGAGGACGACGAGGCGGAGUUUUGCACGGGGAGUCAGGAUCUCGACUCGUUGUUGAAAAGCUUCGAAGAGGAGAUAUCGCCGUCGCCCCGUGGCGGCGGAGAUUCUGUCCAGGCGGUGGAUCCGGCGACGGAAUCUGCGGAUUCUCGGCCGGAUCUAGGGUACCUGCUGGAGGCGUCCGACGAUGAGCUCGGUCUGCCUCCGACGAGCGGUGAGUUGAGGAACGAUUUGGAGCGAGUUGAGUCGGACUCGUCGGGACUCGGAAGCGAGUACUGGGAGAUCCCGGACUACGACUCCUUCGGGUUUGGUUUUGGGGUGACGGAGACGGAAACGGUUACUAACGGCGGUAACGGCGAAUACGUGGCGUUAGAUGGGUUGUUUGAUCAUUCGGAUAUGGGAUUCGGGUCGGGCGGUGGAGUUGGGCCGAGGCCCGAAACUUUGCCGGCGUAGUGCGUAUGUAUGUUAGCCAGAUACUUUCAGUCUUUAGAAGAGGAAUACUGUUAAUAGUUUAUUUGUUUAUUUUAUUUUAUUUGAAGUAGACAGCCCAAUUGGAAAUAUAUAUAUAUAUAUAUAUAUAGAUGUGGGUAAAUUUUGUGUUGGUA